AUGUUCUGGGGUACUUUCUUCGAGGAGCUUCACGGUAUGGAGGACCGCCAACUCGGUGUCCUCAAGGGCUACGACGCCUCCAUGUUCCGCGACUACGCACCCGACGUAAAGUCCUUCCUUGAGGCCAAGGAGAUCCCCAACGCUGUGACCGUGUGCGUCGGCAAGAUCAGCCACCCCGGCCACACCAGCAAUGCCCGCGAGCUCGAAGUCAUGAAGGCCAACGUGCCCGAGGCUGAGUGGAAGAACAUCAAGAUCACCGUCAUCUCUCCUUCGUGGUACCACUUCCGCUACCGUGCUGGCCGCGCUUACCCUCAGGAAGUCUACGCCAACGACGAGGAGUACUUUGCCGAUGUGGCCAAGGCAUACCAGACCGAGUUGAAGCUGCUGCAUGACGCCGGCAUCCGCAACAUCCAAAUCGACGACCCCAACCUCGCCUACUUCUGCUCCGAGGCCAUGCUCACCGGCUGGAAGGCCGACAUGGGCAACACAAAGACCGCCGACGGAAUGUUCGACGCGUACGUAAAGUUCUACAAUGCCUGCUUCGAGCGCCCCGCAGACAUGCACUUGGGCAUCCAUCUCUGCCGUGGCAACUACAUGGGCAGCCGCCACUUCAGCGAGGGCGCCUACGACAACAUUGCCUCCAAGCUCUUCAAGGACCUCAAUGUGGACACUUACUACCUCGAAUACGACACUGCCCGCGCCGGUGGCUUUGAGCCCCUGAAGCACUUGCCCAAGAACAAGAACGUCAUCCUCGGUGUCAUCACCAGCAAGUUCCCCGAGCUCGAGGACAAGGAGAAGAUGGUGCAGCGUGUGUACCAGGCUGCCGAUUUCAUUGCCGAGGGCAGCGGUCAGUCCAGAGAGGAGGCUCUUGAGCGCGUGGGUGUCUCGCCUCAGUGUGGAUUUGCUUCUCACGCCGAGGGCAACUCGCUCGGCUACGAGGACAUGCGCAAGAAGCUGCAGCUCGUCAGAGGCAUCGCCGACCAGAUCUGGCCCAGCCAGCCUUAA